AAUAGUACAAAGCGAUGCACUCACUACAAUGAUAAAUAUCGUUAUCAAAUGUUACAAGACGCUGGAAUGCUAAAUCAAUGGAUAAUGGCUAAUAAUCCAGAAGAUGCUGGCCGAAACUUCGCUCAUUCAUUCGAAAAUACAAUUGAUGUAGAAAGUGAAUAUUUGCAAGUGAUGGAUGAUGAUGCUUUUACUCUUAAUAGCCAAUUGAGAAAAAUACUUGCUGAUGAAAAUAACAGUACUACUACAUUACUGAAUAUACCAUUCUCAGACGAUACUCUUUCAAACGAUGCAAAUAAAAAAUUUACAAAACCUUGUCAAAUAGAUGAAAAUAAAUUCAUACCAGUUGGAAAAUGUAUCUCACAAGGUAAGCAAGAAUUCAAUGAAUACAGUACACUGUGUACAUCUUGUCGUGGUAUCUACAUAUUAAGUAAAAUGUGUUUUCCAAGAUUUAUCAAUGCCUUACAAUGUGAAAAACAAAACAAAAAGAUGGGAUGCAUUUUUGACAAAAUUACAAAACAAGCACAUGGUUCAUGUCAUAUGCGUACAUUGACAUUCCAAGUACUGUGGAAUAGAGGAAGUGAAAAUUGCCAAGACUGGUCCUAUGAGUACAUUCAAGUUCCAUCGGGUUGUGAAUGUCAUCUCAAAACCAUGUCUUCUUUGCUACAAGCUAUAAAACCCUUCAUGUCAUAA